ACGAAGUAGACCGGAGUGUCGGCUCGCUUCACGAGUGGAUUUUGCUGAACAAGAUUGUAGGAUCUCGUGAAAAAAAAUUGUGCUACUAUCGGUCCUUCUGCAUCGGUAGACAAGCCAUGGCGGAGGAGAGGAGAAGGCAGCCUGCUGCAAGCCUUCUGCUGGCGAUAACUAUUCUCCUCACAGCUAGAGCACACUCCGUGCGCACAGCGGACCAGGAGGGCCCUCGCUUCCAAGAGGAGCCCCCCGGCCUGGUCGAGUUCACCAACGCCAAGGAGGCCGUGGUGCCGUGUCAGGCGCUGGGCAGGCCCAGCCCGGCUGUGCGCUGGAUCAAGCUGCCGGACGGUGUGGCUGCUGCCGAGGUGCCGGGCUUGCGUUACGUCCGCCCUGACGGAUCGCUCGUGUUCCCCAAGUUCGCGCCCAAGGACUUUCGGCAGGACGUUCACGCGACGCUGUACCGGUGCGUUGCCACAAACAGUGUUGGAUCCGUCGCCAGCCGGGACGUCAAAGUGAGGGCUGUCGUGUCGCAGCCGUUCGAAGUGCGCGCGUACGACGAGUUCGUGACGCGGGGAAACGCCGCGCUGUUCCGCUGCCACCUGCCGUCGUUUGCCAAAGACGUGCUCACCAUCACCGCCUGGCUCAGGGACGAUGGCCUGCUCAUUCACUCGACCCUCGCCGAAGGUUCCAAGUACGCCGUGCUGCCGACGGGCGAACUGCUCAUCCGUGAGACGGACCAGCAGGAUGGCUUCCGCACCUACCGCUGCCAGACCCGUCAUCGCCUGACCGGCGCCGUGUCGCAGAGCGUGACAGUGGGACAGCUGAUACUGACAGAGCCGCAUAACAUGGUGCCACCCCGCAUCACCCACCGGCUGGGCCAGGUGACAGCGCUGGAGCACACCGAGGCCGUGCUGCCCUGCGUGGCCCAGGGCUACCCUUUGCCUACGUACCAGUGGCUGAGACGUCGCGACGGCGAUGCCUCCGCUAGACCCCGGCCUGUGCCGCUAGACGGCGCUCGAGUAAGCAUGUCCUCGGGCAGCCUGUUCAUCCGCUCCGUGAUGGCCGACGACGCCGGCAAGUACUACUGCCUCGUCAACAAUACUGCUCGCCAGGACAGGGCAGAAACCGAGCUCGUCGUCUAUGCCCCUUUACGUGCCAGUGUGAGCCCGUCACGUGUCUCGGCGUCCAUCGGCCACACACUGCGGCUGAACUGCUCGGCGAUUGGCUAUCCGGUGCGUGAGCUCUCUUGGUCCAAGGACGCGAGGCCCCUGUACGCUUCGGACAGGGUCAAGCUGCUCUUCGAUGACCGGGUGCUCGUGGUGAACGCUGUCAAGCGCCAGGACCGCGGCAUGUACCAGUGCUUCGUGCGCAACCAGUUCGAAGUAGCGCAGGCCGCCUCUGAGGUCAUCCUUAACGACGAGCCACCAGUCCUGGAAAGCGUGUUCUCCGAGUCCAUCCACAAGCCCGGCGGCUCAGUGUCACUGCGCUGCACAGCUACGGGCAAUCCGCUGCCUCAAGUAACGUGGGACCUGGACGGGCGCCACCUGCCGGAGACCAUCCGCUACCGGGUGGGCGACUACGUCACACGCGACAACCGCGUGGUCAGCUACGUCAACAUCAGCAGCGUGCGGCCGGAGGACGGCGGCGUGUACCGCUGCCGCGCCGCCAACGACGUAGGGUCGGUCGCGCACGUUGCCCGCGUGAACGUGUACGGGCCACCCGCCAUCCGGCCCAUGGGCAACGUGACCGCGCUCUCGGGAGGGAGCCUGGUGGUGCAUUGCCCCGUCGGUGGAUAUCCGCUCACUGCCAUCCGGUGGGAGCGAGAGGGACGAACGCUUCCGAGCGGCCACCGCCAGCUCGUUCAUGCCAACGGGACGCUCGUUCUGUCCGAGGUGAACCGCAAAGCGGACGAAGGUACCUACGAAUGCGUCGCCGAGAAUGGACGUGGGGACAUUGCCAGGAGACCACUGCACGUGCACGUCAUGGUGGGACCAAAGGUGGACCCGUUCAAGUUCCCCAGCGACUUGGAGGAAGGCAUGCGGACCGUGGUCGUAUGCGUGGUCAUCGACGGCGAUCCGCCUGUGUUCAUUGGUUGGCUCAAAGACGGCCGACCUUUGGGCCCUGACUUGGGCGCGCACACAGAGAUGCUCAACGCGUUCACCUCUUCCCUGACCUUCCACUCGGUUGGACCCCAGCACAGCGGCAACUACACCUGCGUCGCUCGAAAUCCGGCCGCCGCUGUCAACCGGUCGGCCACGAUGACCGUCAAAGUUCCUCCCUACUGGCGCAAGCAACCCACUGACAAGGCUGGUAUCCUCGGAGAGAGCGUCAUCAUCGACUGCCAAGCCGACGGGGUGCCGCAUCCUCAGAUCAGGUGGAAGAAGAUGAUUCCGGGUCCGCUCGUCGAGUCGCAGACCAUCAUCAGCAAUCCGUACAUCCAGAUCCUCGAAAAUGGCUCGCUCGUACUGCGCGAGAUCGGACUCAAGGACGCCGGCGAGUACAUGUGCCAGGCGACGAACAACGUCAAGCCGAGCCUUAGCGAAGUUAUCAAGCUGCGCGUUCACGUACCGGCCUUCUUCAAGUCCCAGUUCAGCUCCCAGAACGUACAGAAAGGAGAAGACGUGAGAAUUCGCUGCGAGGCAUUCGGUGAAAAGCCCAUCAAUAUCACUUGGACCAAGGAUCGUCAAGUGCUCAACUUCCAAGCCGAAGCUAGGUAUAAAGAAACAACGACGACGUUGCCCGAACACGUGGUGUCCGAAAUUCACGUUAAAUCCGCCGACCGCCGUGAUUCAUCGCUGUUCACCUGCAUGGCCUCAAAUGCCUACGGGAGAGACGAGACAAACUUUCAAGUCGUUGUUCAGGAGAAGCCAGACAGCCCCCGAAAUUUGAACAUUAAAGAGGUGACCAGUCAGAGUGUGACGAUGUCCUGGAUGCAACCGUACAGCGGAAACCUUCCCCUUACCAGCUACAUCGUCCAGUACAAGCGGGAUUCAGAGCAGUGGACCCCGGACGUAAUGUCAGUGCGCAACUCCCCCAGCGAUCUGUCCGUCGUGGUGCGCAACCUGAAUCCCGUCACCACGUACAACUUUCGGGUGGUUGCGGAGAAUGCUCUAGGACACGGAAACCCCAGCGAGGUGGUCAGCGUCAUCACAAAGGAGGAAGCCCCAAGCAACCCCCCAACAGACAUCAAGAUCGAGCCGACGAGUUCUAAAUCAAUAAAGAUCAAAUGGAAGGCUCCCCCGUCUCAGGAACGCCGGAGCCCGGUGAAAGGAUAUUAUCUGGGCUACAAGCUGCACCGUUCCGGGGAACAGUACGUCUACAAAACGCUGGAGAGCUCAAGGAAUAGUGACACGGAGGAGUUCACGCUCAACAACCUCCGUCGGAACACCGAGUACUCCAUACGCCUGCAGGCCUUCAACUCUGCCGGAUCUGGACCAGCCAGUGAGGAGAUAGUGGCGAAGACCCUGGAACAUGAUCCGCCCAGCCCUCCUAUGAUUCGAGUUCAGUCGACGACCGCAACAUCGGUACAUCUGCUGUGGGAGCCACCCGACAUUCCCGUCACUGGCUACAUACUACACUACAAGGAAGAACAGAAUGACUGGGUCAAGCAACAUGUACCAGGGACGCAGCAAAGCAUCGUACUGGAAAACUUGCGAUGCGGAACACGUUACCAGCUCUACAUGGAGGCAUUCAAUGACGCUGGAAAAGGGGACCCUACCCAAGUACUCAGUGUCAAGACGGAGGGCACAGCGCCCGUGGCUCCUGACAAGUCCUCUUUUCUGGCGAUCAACUCGACGUUCGUGCUUCUGCAUCUGGGUGCGUGGUACAGCGGCGGCUGCCACAUCAGCUUCUUUGUGGCCCAGUACAAGCCCAAGGGAGAGUCCGAGUGGACGCUCAUCUCCAACCACGUGCAACCGCAGACAGAGACCCUGAUGGUGCCCCAGCUACAGCCGGGCACCUGGUACAAUCUGCUCAUGACAGCGCACAACGACGCCGGAUCGACGGACGCCGAGUUUGUUUUCGCCACCUACACGGAGAAUGGAGGUACCGUUCCACCAUUGGUGUCGGUGAACAGCGAGGAACGCCGUUUCUACCGCCACCUGGGCAUCGUAGUGCCGGUGGCCUGCUCAGCGGUCAUCGUCCUCAUGGUGUCCUUGGUCGUGUGCCUGUUCUACAGCCGAACCUGCUGCCGGGCGCGCUCCAGGGUCAUCUACGAGACGGCCGGCGAGGACGACCGGAGCAGAAACAGCAAGACAGGCAGCCGCGACAUGGUGGACAUGGUGCUGCUCAGCAAGAAGCUUCACUCGUCGUUCGACGAGACGAACGCCAAAAGCUUCUACCCGUCGCCGCCCCGGCUGACGCAGUCUCAGCAGCAGCAGCAGGCGCAGCAGCAGUGCCUGUCAGCGGCACAAAGUGCGGGCCAGCUAGCCUCAGCGGGCCAGGAGUUUGACGACGCCAAUAGCGACUGCGACAGCGUGCCUUCGAACGGCGGUGGAGACGGCCAGCACAGACAUCACCACACAUACGACGUGCCUUUUCACGUGCGAAGGCCUCCCGGAGACGAAGAGACCUACUCUAAAGUGAAGCGUGUGAUACCUACGCCUGUUCCUGCUACCAACCUCUAUCAGGUGCCCCAGGUUUGUGACACGGGGCGGAAAACGCUGGAGCGUCGCCGCAACGGUCGGCUGCAGCAGGUGCGGGAGCUUGGCUCGCACCAGCAGUGGGUGCCUUCGUCGCAGUUGAUCAGCAGCACGGCGCAGCCCCCCGACUACCGGAGAACCCGGACAUCCAGUCGACCGCCUUAUAACGGCACUGGCAGCGACACUGAACACUCGCCUCAACGUUGUAUAAAUGCAGAAGACGACGACCUUCAUGAAGUGUCUGAAGCCGAGUGUGAUCGUGAACUCAACAAAUUAUCUUUUGUUAAAGGUGACGGAGGUCUGCGCGUCCUGAUGCCUCCGGUGGGCAGCAGAGAAACACCAUAUCUGUGAUCAUCCGUCCGAGAAUCCUUUGGAAGGGUCCCUCGAACGAUAAAGCAAAUCUCGUGACUCCGUUGUCCUUCGCGCAAUGAACGUUUAGUGCUGAAAGGUGCGAACUCCGCAAAAAGACAUUCCGUUGUUUUAUCGCACACACAUGGUGUCCGUGCGUGGGAAGCAGUGGGAGAGGCGCCUCCAGUGGACUAUCCUCACCAACCCCAGUGCGGCAAUGUGUGUGUCUAUCUCUGUGUACGUGUGUUUGUGCGCGUGCAUGUGCGUGUGUGGGGGAACAAGGAGACAGCGAACAGAUUCUCAUGCAAGUGGACGACAUCAAGGGCACCAGCGUUCGACUUACAGCUAACUUUAUUUGGGCAACCUCCCCCACGGGAAAAAGAAACAGCCCAUGCGCCGUAUCGUUUGGCACAGAAGCAAACAAGUAAACUCCGUCUGUGCAGUCCGUUGUCAAAAUAGUUGAACUUCUCUGUAAAAGCUCAAAUCGAUGUCAACACUCUUGAUCGUGUACUAUUAGCUACUGUUUCACAGUUUGCCCCUGUCGCAAAUGCCGUUGUGCAUUGGCUGCAUUUACCCGUGGACGAUCCUUUGUAUACGUUCCUGUUGUUCCAAUGUCAGAUAAGCCAGCCAUCAUAAGAGAGAGGUGGAAAACAUGGCGCUAGCAGUGCGCAGUUGAACAAAAAAAGAAAACAAGAAGACAUAUUUGAAACAGAACAAAAAACUGAAGCGUUCGACGCACGCCAGACAUAAUUUGUUGUAAGCCCAGUGCUGGAUCGGACUACCGCUAUGUCUCAUGUGAGAUUCUCUUCGCUGCAUGUUUGUUUAUUCGCAAGUGUUAAUACCAACACGCCCAGUAAGGAACUCUGUUGCGCUUGUGUGCACACAUGCAAGCGCAUGCAUGCUUUCACACCUACUCAAACGAACACUGAACCUGGUUGAUGUUUUCAAUGUUUUCGUCCCGAAUCAAUGCAGUGGGCGCUUGUAAAUAAUAAUAAACAAUGUUAUAUCGAACUGGUUGAUAUAAGAAGAUGCGUGAAUAAAUAAAGUGAAUUACGCUUGUUGUUUUUUUACAA